ACGCGUAGUAAUAAUAGUGAAGCGCGAUACUCCGAUAGGGUUUGGGUAGCAGAAGAGAAUGGAAGGGAAGAGAAGCUUGCGUAUGUGCUGUUUAUGCAAUGAAAGAAGAGCUUCUCUGAAGAGACCUAAAACCCUUCAACAGAUUUGCAGAGAAUGCUUCUACCUUGCUUUCGAAGAUGAGAUUCAUCAACUCAUCGUCGAUAACCGCCUCUUCACCCGCGGCGACCGAAUCGCCAUCGGAGCUUCCGGCGGUAAAGACUCCACCGUCCUCGCUUACGUCUUAUCCAAACUCAACCGCGUUCACGAUUACGGCCUCCAUCUAUUCCUUCUCUCCGUCGACGAGGGCAUCACCGGGUACCGCGACGAUUCUCUUGAAACCGUUCAUAGAAAUCAGAUUGAGUACGGAUUGCCUCUCAAAAUUGUAUCCUACAAGGAUUUGUACGGUUGGACGAUGGACGAGAUCGUGAAACUGAUUGGUCUGAAGAACAAUUGCACCUUCUGUGGAGUGUUCCGUCGGCAGGCACUGGAUCGAGGAGCGGCAUUCCUGAAAGCAGAUAAAGUGGUGACUGGGCACAACGCGGACGACAUAGCUGAGACCGUGCUGUUAAACAUAUUAAGAGGAGAUAUAGCUAGACUGAGCAGAUGCAGUUCAAUCAUAACAGGUGAAGAUGGACCCAUCCCUAGAUGCAAACCUUUCAAGUACACUUAUGAAAAGGAAAUUGUUAUGUAUGCUUAUUUCAAGAAGCUUGACUACUUUUCCACUGAAUGCAUUUAUUCUCCAAAUGCUUACCGUGGUUUUGCUCGUGAGUUCAUCAAGGAUUUGGAGAGAAUCAGACCCAGGGCAAUCCUCGACAUCAUCAAAUCAGGGGAGAAUUUCAGGAUUUCUACGACCACCAAAAUGCCUGAACAGGGAUUUUGUGAACGCUGUGGUUAUAUUUCUAGUCAGAAAUGGUGUAAAGCUUGUGUUCUGCUUGAUGGAUUGAAUCGAGGUUUGCCUAAAUUGGGAAUUGGACGGAGUCGGGUUGCCAUUGGUUUCAAGGAAGAAAAUAAAAGCCAUGGAACAAAGAGCAUUGAGAGCAAACAAUGUGGAUCUUUAGACUUCUGAUUUUCUAUGUAGGCAUCAUAUCAUAUGAAGGUACUUGCAAUUAAUAUCCAUCAGUGAGAUUCAGGUCAGUUAGUGGAAAUAUUGAUAUAUCUGAUGACAAAAGGUAUAAGACUUGCAGCACGACUUUGUGUAUCAAGACAUUGAUCAAAACAAUAAGUCUAGAAUAGUUGCAUUAUUGGCAGAUUUUGUUACCUCUCUAUGUAGUUGGUUAUACAUCUCUAGCUUAAUUUUUUUGAACAAUAUUCUGUCAAACAGUUAUUUGUAUCCUGUUAUACUCACAAUUCGUCAAUACAACUCAACGGUCUACUGUUGGAUACAACCUCAAGCAUUGGCUUGGAUAUCCUUCAGACAUACAUCUUGAGUUUUGAUAUUGCAAUCUUUCUUCCGUUCUUCUCUAGCAAUGGGUUUCAUUGAAGAAUCUAUGAAUAAUUUGGCACUGUAUUCUACUCUAUAUUAAUGUCAAUCGGUUAUAUAUGCUUGGUUGCACUUUCA